CCGCCACCGCAGGAGGACGCACAGGAGAGAAAACAAGAGUUGUGACACCAUGACCACAAGCAAACCGUCGCACAGCGGGAUGAGAGUGACAGAAGUGGAAGAGUUCCUGAGGAAUCCUCCGGACGGUUUCUCCGUGGAGGUCCUCUGCUCGGGGUGCCGAGUCCACAGCGACCCGGAGAACAGCCUGGUGCUCGUCGAUGACUUCGACUCCUGCAGAGGGAAAACAGUUUUCCAGAAGUCUCUGGGAAGGAAGGUUAAAAUGCAAAAUCUAUGGGAGUACACCAGCAUGAGAAAGAGUCUUCUGUCCAAGAGGAUCUAUCUGCUGAUGUCCGCCUGCGAAGGAAACCGUUCAUUGAGUGACAAAAAGGCAGCCAACGAAGCCAGAGUGCUGAAGCAGUUUGUGGUGUCCAUAGACGGCAACGAUCCCAUCAUCAAGUGGCAGAUGGAGAGAGGCCUGGACCGGACCAUCUCCUCAGUGUGGGGGGAAAGCUACAGUGUGGAUAUUGACUUGAAUGAACCACUGGAGAGAUGGGCAGCGAAAAACAUCCACAUCAUAACUGACAAACGGAUGAAAGUCCAACCUGUGUGGAGAGACGCCUCCUUCACCCUCAAAUACUAUUCUGAUGCCCUCUUUGACUUCCCACACUGGUUUGGGUUCAGCAGAAGAAAAUUCAAUGUAAGUAUCUCUUAUUCUUCUUCUUUUAUGUCGAUAGUAACCUAAACAUUUUCUGUAUUCGUCCACUUGUCUAACUUCCUGCUCAUAUCUGUCGCCAUUAAAGUUGAGACUGACGUGAGCCGGCAGUGGAUGGAGAGCAAGAAAAAAAUGGAUUUUAUCCGCUCACUUUUUUGAUGGAGUCUGGGUCUGCUUCCUCAAGCAACAGAUUGUUUGUAACCUGGUGAAGGACCGGCCUACCUCUUGGGAUUGCAGUAACUAUAAUCGCUGUUGGGUCCAGAUUCUUCUUCUGUUCAGUGGGUGGACACGACUGAGAAGGACUGACAAAGACAUUCUAUAUGCCGUGAAGAUUAUUUAUGCAACUUUUGUGUCUAAAUACAUUUUUUUUAAAGGUGUUUUUGCUAGUAAAUUAACCACACUUCACUGUUGUGUGAGGGGUCCAAAUCUGUGCUACUACAGAAUGAAAGGAUUGUAGACUUUCGUACCAAAGGAUCAGCAUUUCUUUAUGAGAAGUUUUAAUUUUUUAUCAAACACAAUAAAUGCUCUUUUACAAAACAA